UGUCACACAACAAAAUACAAGAACAGAUCUUCGGUUUGCAAGUCCAGCUUGUUAACCAAGAAAUUGCUGCAGGUCUCUCCCACGACAAUGUCUUCCAUUAAGAUCGAGUGUGUUUUGCCAGAGAAUUGCCGAUGUGGUGAGUCUCCAGUAUGGGAAGAAUCAUCCAACUCUCUGCUCUUCGUAGACAUUCCUGCAAAAAAGGUGUGCCGUUGGAAUUUGCUCACCAACCAAGUGCAGCGAAUGACCGUGGAUACCCCAGUCAGCUCAGUGGCCCUCCGCCAGUCAGGAGGCUAUGUCGCCACAGUUGGAACAAAGUUCUGUGCUUUGAACUGGGAGGAUCAAUCAGUAGUUGUGCUGGCUACAGUGGAUAAAGACAAGAAAAAUAAUCGAUUCAAUGAUGGGAAGGUGGAUCCCGCUGGGAGAUACUUUGCUGGUACCAUGGCCGAGGAAACAGCCCCAGCAGUACUUGAGCGACACCAAGGGUCCCUGUACUCUCUCUUUCCUGACCACCAUGUGAAGAAGUACUUUGACCAAGUGGACAUUUCCAAUGGGUUGGAUUGGUCCCUGGACCACAAAAUCUUUUAUUACAUUGACAGCCUAUCCUACUCUGUGGAUGCCUUUGACUACAACCUGCAGACAGGACAGAUCUCCAACCGAAGAAGUGUUUACAAGCUGGAGAAAGAUGAGCAAAUCCCAGAUGGAAUGUGUAUUGACACUGAGGGGAAGCUUUGGGUGGCCUGCUACAAUGGAGGAAGAGUGAUUCGUUUAGAUCCUGAGACAGGGAAAAGACUCCAAACAGUGAAGUUGCCUGUUGACAAAACAACUUCAUGCUGCUUUGGAGGAAAGGAUUACUCUGAAAUGUAUGUCACCUGUGCCCGGGAUGGAAUGGACUCUGAGAGUCUUCUGAGGCAACGUGAAGCUGGUGGAAUUUUCAAGAUAACUGGCCUGGGGGUCAAAGGAAUUGCCCCCUAUCCCUACGCUGGAUGAGUAACAGAUUUUCCUUCAUGCUGAAUGAGGCUUUGAAGACAAGCAGAGAAUACUGGGGCUGAAAUUUCAAUCUAGAUUAGAAAAAUGAAGCAAUGAU